UGAGCCAAUCGAGGUGGUAGAUAAAUUUGUUUACCUGGGCAUCUGCAUAAAUUCCGGUAGACUAGCUGGAGAUGAGAUCAUUUUUCGAAUCGGAAAGGCCAGGGCAGCUUUUGCCAACCUCCGAAAUCUAUGGCGCCGACGUGACGUGAGUUUGUCUGUCAAGGGAAGAGCUUACACUGCGUUGGUGCGAUCCAUACUGCUCUAUGGAUCGGAGAUGUUGGCUCCGCGCGCAGAGGACAAACGGAAGAUGUCAAUGUUUGAUCCUCGGUGUCUCCGCAGCAUUGGUCAGGCCUGGAUGGACCAUCGGAUUGGUAAUGCUGAGGCUUACCAGUACACCAACUUGAAGGAUGCAGCCGGAUCAGUCAAUGUUAUAGCAGUUGUCAAGUUCCAUCGUGCACCGGUAAAGACCAGGGGCUCUGGCUAUUCAUUAUUCGUGACAGUAACUGAUCCCUCUCUCCAUGGCGCGAAGUUGCCUUGUGUAUUUUUCAACGAUGCAUUAGAUAAACUUCCCCAAGUUCAGUGCGUCGGUGAUGUGAUCGUGAUGCACCGGCUUAUAGUGAAGGAAUUUCGUGGUGAAUUUCAAGGUUGUGGCUAUGGCACUGUUGGCUUUUCAGCCACUGUGUUCUCCGGGAGCACUUCCGAUCCGCUGAUCCCUCGUACUUCGAAGGCUAGUUGUAGUUUCGGUGAUGAAGAGCUACGCCGUGUUCGAGAGUUACGCGAAUGGUUUAAUUCGCCAGGUUGUCCAGUCGAGCGGGAACCCAUCAUUGAUCACAACGACCCAUCGCAGUCCCUACAAUGCACCAAACCAGCUAGCCUUGUGAAAAGACUUUGGUAUCUUCAACCGGAAGAGUUCACUUCUACGGAAGGUCAGGUGGUGGCCAUCUAUCGUUAUCCCCAGCGAGACCGCUGUUGUCUGCUGUAUAUUUGGGAUGGUGCACCCCCUUUUUCGUCGUCCACCUCCUUACCGUCUUUCAUGCGGCCACCGAAGGGACACAUGGUUCGUCUGUCGCAAAAUGCUCACCACGACCCCAAGUUAUGUACCAUCACGGCUCAUGAAAGCUCUUGCCCUUCGGUGGAGGACUGGUCCGUGCCGGUUUUCAUUUACGAUGAGCAUUCAGCUGCUCCGGUCAUGCAGAAUCUGAAACCAGGCGAUAUCGUACGAAUUCACAAUCUGCAUGUGACUAUAUGUCGUCCACUAGAAUGUGACAAAGACGGAUGCCUUCGCCUUUUGGUGCAUGGUGGUGGACAUAGAUUUGGUCGCGGAUUACAACUGCUACGAUCAGGCUUCUCAGAGGGCGUGUCGUACACAUCAACCCAAAACCGCGAAGCAAGACCGGAUGAUUCUUUUUCAGCGACCGGUCUAUACGGUUUGUCAUGUAACCUACAGGAAGGCAUCAAAUCAAGACCGUUUUAUCUGGAGCUGAAGGUUGAACGACCAACUAAAGCACUCACCGUAUCUGAGCUAUGUGCCAUUCCAACCACAUAUCAGCAGCUCGAAAAAGACAAGGUCGGCCUCAGUUCUACUUCGCUAUUCAAUACGAAUUCAUCCAUAUCCUCUACCCCACCACAUGUCCAUUGGUUUCCAAUCACGUCUGAUGGUGCCAAUCGACGGAAUAGGACUGUGGUUAUGGCUCGCCUAAUGGCCCGCGUGCUGGACAUAUUCCCGCGUACAGUGGACGAUUUGAAAAAUGUCUCACUGCUAAUUUGUUCUCAGUGUCGUUCGGCUAUUCGCGUGAGCUGUUUGGACGUGGGCGAGCUACCCUGUUCGUGUCACCUGUCAAGAACUUCUGCAGCUGAAGGUUCUGAGAUUUUCAUGUUGGCCCCUUUCGUUUUCCUUAAAGUGGAGGACCCCACCGGUCAGCUGAUUGUGUGUGCAUCCUUCGCUUCAGCGAUGGCCUUGCUUACCCAGUCGAAUUCCUCUAGCGUACAGGACAGAGGAUGGAAACAGAUUACUAACGAGCUUCUCCGACCGAAAACAUCUGAUGGCAGUCUGCUUGCAUCACUCAGAGCAGUCCAUCAACUUUCCUUUUUAUUAAAUCAGCCCGUCAAUUUGGUGUUGGAGCUCAGCUGGCAUGCUGGUAGGAACGUGGACACUCCCUUGACAUCGGAUAAGUUGCAGUUGAGAUUCGAUAUUCCAAACUCACAACAUAUUUCCUGGAUUUGGCAAACUCAGAGCUGA